AUGGCUGCUCCCUCGCGAGAAGGCUCCAAAGCUCCAAUUGACCGCCAGACCACAACCCCCUUUCACCUGAAGCUCUUCUACCGAGCCAACAACUAUCACAACCUUUCCGACUAUAGUAUUCCUGCCCCUCCCCGCCGCGGAGGUCCAGCCAGCGGGCCCAACAGUAUUCGCGGACCUUCUCCUCCACCAGCUGCGCCACACCCCCCUCACCUCGAGAUCUAUACAUGGCAGUCAUGCACGCUCCGGGAACUCUCGCAGCUUCUUACUUCUGCACUGCCUUCAUUACUUCCCGAUCCGCCCGUCGGCACCCGUCUUUGCUUUCGUCUGAUCUAUCCCGACGCUCGCGGUGCGGCAAUUAUGGGCCCCGAUACGCGCGGUCGAUACGUGAGUAAGGAUCUAGGGAGCGUCAUCGUUGCACCAAGAGAUAGUCCAUACCGCGGCGAGGAAGACGCAGACGGUCGCGCUGAGUCGCGACCUCGGCCAGGCCCGUUGCGUUUCCAAGGCUCGGAAGCAGACAAGGCUUUGCAAGACGUUCGGUUCAUUGUCGGAGAUUAUGUGGAGUGCGCUAUUUUGCCUCCUCUUGAGGACGGAUCAGUUGCGCCUGCACUUCGUGGUGCUUCUGGCCCGCCUGGGACGGGAGGUGGUGGUGGUGGUGGUGGCAUGCGCGCAUUCCGAGAUGGGCCUGGACGAGGUGGUCGGGGCGGUGGUCGGGGCGGGGAUCGUGGUGGGCCUCCUAUUCUUCCUCGGGGUGAUUGGAAGCGAGGAGAAAGGCUUCCAGAGGGUGGUGGACGUGGUGGUCGCCGGGGAUGGGCUCCAUAUUAA